CCCCCACAUUCCCAAAGUGAACUUGCAUCAUGAUCUCUAAUACUAUUCUAGACUUCCUCACGUUGUUUCUCCUAAUCAUCUCGAGCGUCUCGGUUCCCUUUGCUAUAUGUUUUCCGAGUCUGGCAUUAUCAAUUUUAGCCAUCUCCACGGUGGCAACAUGGAUCUUUCCCCUCGUCGUCGUUAUUGUAUCUCAUGACAUCUCUCGUCGCAAUACUUCAAUUCAAGUGUUUGGUAAUAUGUUUAUCAUGCUGGUUACGGGCGAGAUCAUGGUCUGGCAACAUAAUAGUACAUCUCGACUUGAGGUUGAAGGGUUUACGGAACUCGGACAUUUUCUGCUGUUAUCGACCGGAGGGUCAUUAUUCUUCACCUACUCGAUGAAAUUUGCAUACAAGGCAAAUCCGGACACGAGGGAGCUCCAUGCAACCUUUUUCGGUUUCCCAGAUCUCGUCCGUCGAUGUCUCAGGGCGCUUCGCAUUCGAUGCCAACGUGUAAGUGAUCCGGAAUAUCAGCUUCUACCACAGGAGAAACCUCGCAAUUUUCCAUUAGAGCUCAAGUCCAGGUCUCCUGAGCAGACAGAUUCAAUCACAGUCUCCAGUCCCCGAAUUGUCAACUUGGUCAGCUGAUCCUAAAGGCCAGCGCCAGCACGGAAUACCCAUUUGAAGUACUCUUGCCAACUUUCCCCCUGAAUCCUCACUGUCCGAUGACGAGACUACAGCAAGAUGCUCGUGGUGUACUCAAAGUCAGUCGUGCUUCUAUCAUGUACUCAUAGUAAUGGCCUCCUGUAUGCACUACCUUACAAUGACACGACAUGCCC